GUUAAGAAGUUGCGUUGGAUUUUCAUUUGAACAGUUUUCAGAUAUUUACGAAUUCAUAAUGUUAAAUCCUGAAAGAACUGUUCUUAUGGUCGACGGUCUUGAUGAAUUAUCUUUAGAUAAUGAAGAUAUUCAAACUGACGACUCAGGGUCCCCUAAUGAAAAAAGGCACGUCAUUACACACUUAAGUAUGCUAGUUGAAGGUAAACUAUUGCCUGAUGUUACUGUUCUUAUUACAUCACGACCCACAGCUGAACGUAAAUUUAGAGAUAUGGAAUUCGCGAGGACAGUUGAAAUCAUGGGCUUUUUUGAGGAUGAGAUAAAAGAAUUCGUGGAAAAGUUUUGUCAUGAAGAUAGAAAUAUUGCUGACCGUAUUCUAAAUAAGAUUGAAAUUUCUCUUGAACUUCGCAGCUUUUGUUAUAUCCCUAUUAACACUAAAAUUGUUUGUAUGACCUUAAAGGAAUGUUUUGCAGAUGAUGAAAACUACAGUCCAAAGACUAUGACUGAAUUGUACGAUAGAGCAAUUAAAGUUUUACUAUGGCAAAGCCAUCCACUUCUCAGGGGCAAGACUACAGAAAAGGAUUACUUGAGAAUUCCUUUACCAUCCGAGCUUGAUAAAGAUCUACAAGAAAUAAAAUAUGUUGCCAUGGAAGGGCUUAAAGACGGACGCCUGAUUUUUGAAAGAAAAAGUAACAGUAACUUUAAAAAUCUGGAAAACUGUGGCAUUUUCAAUAAGAUUUAUGAUGAUGAACGCCAUCUUUACUGUUUUCUUCAUUUGACUCUUCAAGAGUUUUUUGCAGCGUGGUAUAUUGUUGACGAUUGGCAAAACAUUGGAAAGUUUUUGGAUGAUCAUGUUCAAGAUCCUAAAUGGCAUUUGGUAAUCGAAUUUGCUGCUGGUUUGGUUGGAAAUGAAAAGAAAGAGAAGGGAAAAGAUAUCAGCGUUAUUCUAGAGAGGUGAUGGAGGUGCAAAAUAUCUUAGCGAAGGUUUGAAGAG